AGAGAGUCCAAUUAAUAUCAAGAAUUCCACUGAGCUCGUAAACUUCCUGACAGAGACCACAGUAGAUGAGCAAUAUGUAUUACUGAGCCUGGAUGUUACAUCCCUCUUCACCAAUAUCCCAAUAGACCUGGCGCUUCAGGAGGUGGAGAGGAGAAUGGAAGAGAUCAUGAAUACCUCAGAAACCAAAAGAGAUUGUAUUUUAAAGUUGGACGGUGUAGCCAUGGGAUCGCCGAUAAGCCCCAUUGUGGCGGAUGUGGUCAUGCAGAGGGCCAUUGGAGUGGUACUGGAGGAGUCGCGGUUGAGAAUACUUUUUGUCCGGAAAUAUGUGGAUGACCUCCUGCUCGCAGUACACAAAGAAGAUGUGAAUGAAGUCCUCCCACAAUUCAACGCAUUCCAUCCUAAGAUACAAUAUACGAUGGAGCUAGAGCAGGACGGAAGAAUCCCAUAUUUAGAUGUCAUGAUACACCGGACGGAGGGAGGAAUCUUGCAGACAACAUGGUACUCAAAACCGUGUGCCUCUCUACGUAUGCUCAACUUCCACAGCGGACACUCCAAGCAUGUCAUCAUCAAUGUGGCUAAAAAUUACAUUAAGAGAGUCCAGGAGUUAACAACAAAGUCACAUGAAGAAAGUAAGAAGAAAAUUGAAGAUACCCUGAGACUGAAUGACUUCCCACCGAGAAUGAUCAGGCAACUGUUGAAUCCCAGGAUAGCGAGGCAGAAUUUAAACCGACCCAGAGGAGACUCCCAGGCAAUUUUCCACGCGAUUUCCUAUGUUCCAGAUGUCUCUGAGAGGAUGAGGAGAGUGAUCAGGACGUCUACAGGAGCAGAGGUGGCGUUCACAAUGACUGGACAAAACCGCAGGUUCUUUACCAAGGUGAAGGACCCCGUGCCCAAAGAAUUAAAAUCUGGGGUGGUGUAUAGCAUCAAAUGUGGUGGAUGCCAGAUGUCCUACAUUGGGACAACUUCCCAACACCUGAAAAACAGGAUCAGCCAACAUAGAAGAGAUUGUAGGCAACCUAUUAAAAAUGAAAGUGCCACCGCAUUAUGUACUCACACCUCGAGAACGGGCCAUGUUUUCAAAUACGAUGAAGUGGAAAUUCUGGACCAACACCGACACAAUGGGAAGAGAGAAGUCCUGGAAGCACUACACAUCAAAAAGAACAUCGAUAGAGUGGUAAACAAAAGAACUGACAGCGAAAACAUAAAUGGCAUGUAUGCGAACUUGAUUCGCAUGCAAGCAAAUGACCAAGACACGAGCAAUGGCAGGCCAGAGAUGUGA